AUGGUGUCGCUACGGUACCAAAUUCUCGGCCGACAACCAACCUAUCCUACUUUUUGAUGGGGGUUUCUUCAGUUCUUGGGAAACAGCUUUAAGCCGUUCAAUGAAUUUAUUUUAGACAGUAUCAAAGGUAACACUACUCCACAUAGCCAUGGCUACUGUGGAGUAUGACCUCGACACUUCGGGUGGCUUGAUGCCACAAAUCCAAGCCCUCAUCGCUCCUCCAGUGAGCGAAGAUUCGUCGAAGAAAAAGCGGGAACGGCACCGCAGACAUCCUGGUCGUGCAGUCAACCACGAUGCCUGCGAUAGCUGCAAGGAGGGCGGAGAUCUCAUCUGCUGCGACCGCUGUCCGGCUACGUUUCACCUUCAGUGCCAUGAUCCCCCUUUAGAUGAAGACGACCUUCCGGCUGGAGAGUGGAUAUGCCAUCAUUGUACAGUUACCAAAAAAGGAGCAAAAGAUGGCAACAAGGGCAAUGCAACAACAAACGGCAAGACCGCUGCCAUCAAAACGGCACGCAAAAUGGAAUCUGAGCCUGCCGAUAAUGGCUCCGAGGAGCAGUCAUCGUCUUCCGCUGGUGGAAAGGAGGAAGACUGGCCGUCCACGUCAGCGGCCGCGUGUGACGAUGAAGAUGAGGAGGACGAGGAAGAAAGGACUCCGCUGCAGAUGUUAAUCAAAGCAGCAUCACUAAUGAAUGCGAAGCAGUUUGAGCUUCCCCACGAACUGUCGUGUCCCGUUUUGCUUCCAGGCUCCAGCAAACGGGUGAGAACGAAGGACGGUAAUCGCUCAAACUCGAAGAAGCCCGCUCACGAGCUCGACAACGGCCUGGUGCCUUUGCCAGCAAAAGUCUGCUUUCAGUGUAGGAGGAGCUGUCGAUGGGCACCACUGAUCCAGUGUGACUACUGUCCACUCUUUUUUCAUGCGGACUGUCUCGAUUACCCACUUGCAACACUGCCGACAACACGCUGGAGAUGUCCAAACCAUGCGGAGAAUCUCCUUGACGAAAAACUUCUAACGUCUGUGAGCUUGACCGAGAGGAUGAAGCUCUGGGACCGCUACUCCGGCUACAUCUCGCAGGACGCAGUCAAAUUACAGUUUCUGCGGAAGUGCCACCGCAAGAGUCCCCCGUUCAGGUACAAAGUCCGCAUGGCGCCCAAGAACCGUGUCAAGGUUCCUAAUGCAGUGCGAGAGCAGUACAAAAACCCACCUUCCCUAUUACCAAGUGCAGCAGAAAUAUCGUUCGACCUCCCCGAGAACUCAUGCGCGAGUUCCAUACCCAUGAGCUGUACAACGCCGGAGGAGCAAGACGAGUGGUUAGCGAGUGUUGUGGCUCUCCAGACCAGUAUAGCCAAAUACCUGGCACGAAGGCAGGUCCUUCCUGGUGAUUCAUCUCCCAAUCAUCAAGAGUCUGUCUCUGAAAGCAGGGUUCCUCCUUGCCCAAAUGGGCCUCAGGCAAACAGCAUUGCCACACCAUUUAAUGGAGACCUAGACCCAGUCACAUUGGUGAAAUCUGAACCUGGUACAGUGCCACGGUUAAAACCCGGAACACCACCCCCAAACGACGUAAAAUCGGCGAAGCAAAACGUUACGGUUGUGUCGACGUCGACACGGUCGUCCUCUGCUCCAACAAUAGUGACCAGAGUGGUGCGCAGCGGCUUGACGCCCUCUUCCACCCUGACGCGGGUGAUAACACCGGGGACGUUACCGAGGUCCACAUCACCGGGAACGGCUCAACGCUCGGCGGCGGCUGUGAAGGUCGGAAGCGGCAGUCCGCAGGUUGUGACAGUGCAUGCAGGAAAAACUACUGCAGCCACUAGCAAGAUAAAUAUGGCUUCCAGUAUAAGCUCAUCGCCCGCAAUUCUCAAUCUUAACAAUAGCUUACAAGCAUACAUUGAUGGAGUUGGAGAUGUAGAACUCAGCAAACUUGACGAGCGGCUGGUGAAGAUUCUGGCAUGGCAGCGGCUACAACAGUUGCUACCGGCCAAGAAUUCCUCCGCAACGCCUGGAAAGAGAGGAAUCAACGGCGUCGUUACACCAGGCAUGUCUGAUGUUCGUGCACGUGCUGUGGUCUGUCCUUUGGUUGGGAAAGGAUCCCUCGUGCCAAUGGCUUACCGCUCCCUUACUAUCGGCACCGGUGCUGACAUGGACGUGUGCCUCACCAAUUAUGGUCACUGCAAUUAUGUUUCUGCAAAACAUGCAUGUAUAUUUUAUGAUGAAAUAACAAAGCACUAUGAGCUGCUCAACUACAGCGAGCACGGGACAACUGUAGACAACGUUCUGUACUCGUGCGACUUCUCAGACAAGCACACGAUACCUUCAUCAGCAGCGUCAACUACGGUUGCCGCUGUGCGGCAACUCGUUGAAAAUUCUAAAGAAAAGUCGCUGCCCAAAGACGAAGCUGCCGAGGGUCGGACAACUAUGACUGCUUUUGGAGGGGCCAAUGUUCGAAAGCAGUGCGGCUGCAAGACAAGCAGCUCGAGCCUUAUUGGUGGCAGCAGGGCAGGAUGGGAAGGGACAGCGUUACUACACCAUGGAAGUUACAUCAAAGUGGGCUGUAUACAACUCGUGUUUAGCAUUACGGACUUCGAAUCGCAAUCCUGAGUCAUCGUGCUUUACCAUUCAGGCCAUCGGCCUCGGUGUACAUAGUUGUAAAUAGGACACGAAUGGGCUGCUUUCGUACAGCCGAACCUCGUCUUUGUGUACAAGUGCGUGUAUGUGUGUGUGUGUGUGUAUGCCCACGGCAGGGACUAUUGUAUAGUUAAGUUUAGCUACAAAAGCAGUUGGAAUGCAGCGGGUGCGGUUGCGAUGUACAGUUCAUGUUGUAAGAUCAAGAAUGGUCCCGGUGCUGGGAUCUUGAUUAUUUUUAAACUGUUAGAUGUGUCUCGUUUUUAAUGGAAGCGUAGUAAAUAGCAGAUACUAAUCGUGGA